AACCUAUCCCAAUAAACCCAUCUUCUAAUUCGUCCAUUUUCAUUAUCUUCAGUUCUUUGAGUCCAUUUGCCAUUAUGGGUUCUUUCCCUACUAUUACCAUUCAAACCAUUUUGGGAGCACCAGGGGUAAAGGAUAACAAUCUCAAGGUGCUAACAAAAACAAAAAAUGGUGGAUUGACUGAAUGCAUGAAGUCAAUCAUUUAUAAAGAAGAUGUGAAAGAAGCCUUUUACCUUCUUGAUUUAGAUGUUGUCAUGUCUCUCUAUGACAAAUGGACUGCCAAUCUUCCCAUGAUUCAACCAUUCUACGCCAUUAAAUCUAACCCUGAGAAAUCUCUCAUCGGCACACUCAACGUGCUUGGCGCAAACUUUGAUUGCGCAAGCAAAGCCGAGAUUGAAACCGUUUUGUCACUUGGCGUUUCACCAGAUCGCAUCAUCUUUGCAAACACUUGCAAAUUAGAGUCUCACAUUAAGUUCGCUGCAAGCGUUGGCGUUAAUUUAACAACGUUUGAUUCCAUCGGUGAACUCAACAAGAUCCACAAGUGGCAUCCCAAAUGUGACUUGAUAAUUCGAAUCAAAGCUCCAGACGAUAGCAAAUCAAGACGACCAUUGGGUUCCAAAUUCGGUGCACUUCCCACGGAAGUGUCACCUAUGCUUCAAGCUGCCAAAUCUCUACACCUUAAUGUAAUCGGUGUUUCAUUUCAUGUCGGAAGCGCAACCAAUGAUGGCGACGCUUUUAUUAAAGCCAUUUCAGCUUCUAAAACCGUUUUCGACACCGCGGCACAGUUAGGCAUGCCUAAAAUGCGUGUACUAGACAUCGGUGGUGGCUUUCUCGCUAACUCGCUAUUUGAAGACGUUGCCACAGCUGUGAAAACUGGGCUUGAAGCACAUUUUCCCAACGAGCCAGGGCUGAAUAUUAUUUCAGAGCCGGGACGUUUCUUCGCUGAAACAACGGUGACACUUGCCGCCAACAUUAUAGGGAAACGUACUCGUGGUGAAGUUAGGGAGUAUUGGAUUAACGAUGGAACUUACGGAACGUUUCACUGUGUUAUACGAGAUGCUCUUAAUGAACCACUCGUUUGCAAGCCUCUAUCUUGCAAAGGAUUGAAGACUUACAGUUCCAAUUUGUUUGGGCCGACAUGUGAUUCUCAGGACGUCGUUUUGAGGGAAUAUCAGCUGCCGGAACUUGAGGUGAAUGACUGGCUUGUGUUCCCCAACAUGGGGGCUUAUACUUAUGCUUUUGGAUCCAGUUUUAAUGGGUUUAAAACUUCUGACAAUUUGUUUUAUCUUGUCACCUCCAGUUGAAUCAUUAUUUACGUGUUCAAUGUUGUGAUUCAGAACUCUAAUUAAAAUUAGGAUUUAUGUAUGAGUAAAUCGUUUCCAAUAAUAAUUUCUUUGUUUUCUUUUCA